AUUUAAAGAAGCAAACUUUUUGUUUUUCUUUCUUUAUCUCCUCUGUUGAUUUGACCGUACACGUCAAACUAACAUUGGACGUCACUCUGGACUUUGAAAACGUGCUGUGGAGUGUUUUUCUUUUUUCUAGUUUCCUUUAUUGAUUAAAUGAUUGUCAAAGAAGUCAUUCAGAUAUGAGGGAGAACGCCUUUUAUCUCGUUUAUUAUGAACAUUCAGCUGUACACAUACAAAGGUUUGAUUCAGUGGAUGUGCUCUCCUUGAAUCGACUGAACCUCAUUCGCUUUGCUUUUUCUGUUUCAGACUACGAGAAGAUUUUCCUCCUCUUGAAACAGAUCCAGGGCACUCUCGACACCCGGCUCAUCUUCCUCCAAAACAUAAUCAAAGAGGCAGCCAGGUUCAAGAAGCGCGUUCUCAUCGAACAGCUGGAAAACUUCCUCGAAGAGAUCCACAACAGAGCCACUAACAUGAACCACGUGGACACGUUCUAACGCGAACUCAUUCCCAAACUGAACUUACUGGUAACCAAACCAGGCAACCCUCCACGUCCCCCUCAAACCACCACUCCUACUGUACCAGGGGCCCCUGCAGAGAUGAGACGAGGCAGCAUCCAGCUCCCAAAGCAUCGCUUCUUCACUGGACUCCUUCAUUCAUUUAAUGAGCAUCAUGCUUGUGUUGUUUGCACAGUAAUCCUCAAAGACAGUACUGACCCUGAGUAAUGCAGAUGCAUUUUUCAGACUUGCAAAAAAAAAAAAAA